CCCCCGCCCCCCAGGUCCAUCGUCGUCGACCGGAUCGUCCGUCCCGAUCAUCGCGCGCGCGGCACAGCCUGACACCUCCUCCUCGGCGCGGCGCCGUUCACGCGCCCCGUGGGAUGCGCGCCCGCCGCACUCGCAGCAGCGCAUCGCCCGUUGUUUACCCUACGGCGACCCCCGCGUCCUCGGCGACCCUUAUCAUGCGACGCGCUGACACGAACGAUGCUCCAAUUUUUUAAGAAGAUUGGACAAAGGGACAAGUCCGGAUUACCAGAAACCUCACCUGCGAGAUCGACGAGCUCGGGUAGCUUCCUGACAGAUGCCUUCAACGGUGGCGCGUCGUUCAUUCGGACGCCCUCGGGUGUACUGUGCAGUCUCGAGGAGGAAGAGGAGGAGGAGAUUCUCAACGAUGACGCCGAGGAAGCGCGCGCCUUCAGCUCCCGGUUGUCCAAGGGUCUGCCGGAAGUGCUCAAGGACAAGAGUGCCCUUGGUUACUUCAUCCAGUUCAUGGACAUCAGGAAGCGCGUAGCUCUCAUCAAGUUCUGGUUGGAGGUGGAAUGCUUGUGCAGCGCAUCCGGGAUGCCCGACGCACAGAGAGUCAGACGGUCAAAUCAAAAGGAGCUGCUGGACGCUUUGCCCACUUCCCUAGACGAUAACGAGAACUUUAGCUGCGACGUGCUCGUCAGCGAUGUAGAUACUCAAACGAGCAGCGAAAUACCGUUGGACGUGAGGGCGGACGACGCGACGUCCAACGGUAUGCCAAAGACUAGUCAGGCGGUAAGCAAAACGCGACAAUCAAACCACGAUUGUACGAGUGGGAGACGCGACGCGACGCCGACCAGGCAGGACGCUUUGAGAAUUUAUAGGAAGUACAUUCUCAAGGAGGCUCUGGGUGUAAAUCAAAUAUCCGAGGAGUUGAGGGUAGACAUGGAGAGGGCCAUUGUCCAGGAAAACAUUGAGCCUAUAUUACGGUGCCUAUCUGCUGUUCAAAGCAUAGUAUACGAUACAUUAGAAAACGAAUAUAUUAACGAUUUUUUACGAAGCGAAUUUCACUGUAAGCAUCAAAUUGACGUGCUCACCAGUGGCAACGUACAAUUAGCGGAUAUAUUGUAUAACGAGACAGCAUUCUUCUACUUUAUGGAGUUUAUGGAACUCGAGAAUAAACGAGAGCUGUUGGACUUCUGGAUGUCGGCUAUAAGUUACAAGCAGAAUCUUUUGGAGAAGAAAGGUGCAGCUGAUCCCGAAGAAGCCCAAUCCGAUGCCGUUAUUAUAUACGAGAAAUAUUUCAGCUUACAAGCAACCAUGCCUCUUGGAUUUAGCGAUAAGAUUCGUUUUCAUGUGGAACAGAAUAUUUGCCGCGAGGACGAUAGCGGUCCACAGCCCGAUUGUUUCGAUAAACCCAGUAAAAUCGUAUAUAAUUUUCUCAAUAAGCAUUAUCUCCCAGCGUUCUUAUCGUCACAGCUGUAUUAUAAAUACUUAUCGGAGCUAAUCAGCACGAUUCAGACCAGCCCGUGUCCGAGUUUACAUUCCAAGAUAAGAAGAACAGGUUCAGAUUGCAGCAGUGAAGUAAGCUCCGUGUGUACUAGUAUGCCAAGUAUUUCUCAAAUAGGAAAUAAUGGCAGCAGAGUAUCUGAUAAUAAAAAAACUAUCAACAGUCACAUGAAUAUCGACACCAGGCAACUUUACGAUCCAGAUUCCUUGUGGCGACGUAACAAAUAUAGUUUAAGCAUUGGUUACGUUGACAACUUAGGUAGAUUUAUUACCGAAAUAGAGCCAGAUCCUCAUAGAAAAUACGAAUCUCGCCUAACUCGUGUUGUAAAACGACUUAUAAAUAUAGAACAAGAUAAGGCUAAAGAGGAAUUGGCAUGGAGGAUCACCGAGAUGAUCAUUCGUGAAAUCACGUCUUUGACACUUGGAGCUUCAAAUCUUCCCUCUUGAUGGUGUAAACUUGACGUGACGAUUUUGAGGCUUGAGUUUUCCUUAAGUAUAGAUGUUUUGUGUAUUUGUGUAAGUAAAGUGCUUUGUCCUUUUAUUUUAAAUGUUAACGUAAUAAUGCUACAGACUUUGCCAAAGUGCCAAACAGAAAAACGGAAAAUUCUAAUUUAUUUUAUAAUACGGCAUCUUAAAAAGGAAAUAUUUAUGGAGGAAGAUAUGUUCUGGGAUGUUUUACAUUUUCGUAUUUUAUAUUUUGGCAUGAAACAUAACGAUGAAACAGAGACUUGAAUUUUUGCUAAUCAAUAAUUUAAUCCGAAUUUAUAAGUAAGUUGUUUAUAUAAAUAAGUGUAAAUAACUUUAUUAGAAAUUGACAUACGUAUUUUAGUAUCUUUACAAUUCGUUGCGUAAAAUAAUUUAUAAAGAUCUUAUAAGCAGCAUAAUCUGUAAUAUUUUUUUGUAACUAUUAUAAAAGAUCUUCCUAUUUUGUUAAUUUAUUAUAAAAUACUCGAUGAGCAAAGAACAAUAAUUUAACGAAUACGUAAUUCCUUCAUCAGCCAUCGUCGAUGACACCAGAAGCAAAAAAAUCAAUGCAAAUGAUUAUCGUAUACAUCUAUGUCGUAUAUAUCUAAAUCAUGAUUAAAUGUAUAUUUAUAAAAAAAUACUCAGUUAAUAUGAAAAAGAUAUAAAGACUUAUGUAUGUGUCAAAAUUUA